AUGGCGUCGACGGGGAAGAAGAUGAACCAGAUCCCGGCCCCGGCCGGAAGGCUCUGGGAGGCGAGCAUCCGCAAGCUCACCACCAUCCGCCGCGGCGCCGCCGCAUUCCCGGCCGCCGUCGCCGGCGUCGACGGCCUCGUCGACCCCGCCACCGGCACCAUCUCCGUCGCCUCCUCCAGCGCCAUCUACUGCGCCGACGACACGGACGGCCCAGCAGCCGCCGACGCGGAGGAGGCCAACGCCGCCGAGGAGGAUGACGCCGAGCUCGGGGAGCCCAGCCACUCGGAGCAGCUGCUGCCCAGCGGGGAGUUCUACCAGGGCGACCUGCGCGGGGACCUCCCGCACGGCCAGGGCAAGUUCCUCUGGACGGACGGCAGCAUGUACGAGGGCGCCUGGGCCCGCGGCCGCGCGGCCGGCCGGGGCAAGUUCUCCUGGCCCUCGGGCGCCACCUACGAGGGCGACCUCGCCGGCGGCUACAUGCACGGCCAGGGCACCUACAUUGGCGAGUUCGGGGACACCUUCGCGGGGCUCUGGGCCAACAACCUCCGGCACGGCCGCGGCACGCAGGCCUACGCCAACGGCGACGUCUACGACGGCCACUGGCGCGACGGCCUGCAGGACGGCCACGGCCGCUACAUCUGGCGCCAGGGCCACGAGUACAUCGGCACCUGGAAGGCCGGCGAGAUGCACGGCUGCGGGACCGUCAUAUGGGCGGACAGCGACCGCUACGACGGCUCCUGGGAGGACGGCAAGCCCAAGGGCCAGGGCACGUUCCGCUGGGCCGACGGCGGCAUGUACAUCGGCACCUGGUGCCAGGAGUCUGGUGUCACGCACGCCAAGGGCGUCUACUACCCGCCGUCCGGCGGCCCGGCCAUGCCCGUGCCCCGGGAGCCCCGCGACGCCAUCACCAAGCUGCUCGAGGAUCUCGAGGUCUGCGAGGGGAAAACGGUAUCGCUGCUGCCGUGGCAGAAGAUACUCACGUGGCCCGGGGUGGAGGCCGUGAUCCAGAAGCCCGUGUGGCGGCCGCCGGAGGUCAGUGCCGACCAAGGGAGGGUGCCGAGCGUGCGCCGGAGGAGCAGCGUGUCGGACCUGGACAGUCUCGCUGUGGGGGAUGAGGGCGGCGAGGAUGCUAGUACUCGGGCAGACAGGGCAUGGUCGCGGACGCUCUCCUGCAUCCGCGCGAAGCCGGGGAAGAAGCAGGGGGAGACCAUAUCCAAGGGGCACAGGAACUACGAGCUCAUGCUCAACUUGCAGCUGGGCAUCAGGCAUGCUGUGGGAAGGCAGUCAGCACCUACCUCAUUGGAUCUCAAAUCAUCAGCAUUUGAUCCUAAAGAGAAGGUGUGGACAAGAUUUCCGCCGGAAGGAUCGAAGCAUACGCCGCCUCACCAAUCGUGUGAUUUCCGGUGGAAGGACUACUGCCCAUUGGUUUUCAGGACAUUGCGCAAGCUCUUCGACGUCGACCCUGCAGAUUACAUGAUCUCGAUAUGCGGUGAUGAUGCACUUCUGGAACUAUCAUCACCCGGUAAAAGUGGGAGUUUCUUUUACCUCACAAAUGAUGACAAGUACAUGAUCAAAACAAUGAAGAAGGCAGAAGUUAAGGUGCUUCUUAGGAUGCUUCAACCCUAUUAUAAACAUGUCCGUGCUCAUGAAAAUACUCUUAUAACUAAGUUCUUCGGUCUGCACUGUGUUAAGAUCACAGGGGCUAUUCAGAAAAAGGUCCGGUUUGUUAUAAUGGGGAAUCUCUUCUGCUCUCACUACUCAAUCCAUCGGCGCUUCGACUUGAAAGGAUCUUCGCUUGGUCGGAUGACAGACAAACCGCUUGAUCAAAUCGACGAGACCACCACGCUCAAGGAUCUUGAUCUCAAUUUCAUUUUUCGGUUAGGAGGAUCCUGGUUCCAGGACUUCUGCAAACAAGUGGACAGAGAUUGCGAGUUGCUGGAGCAGGAGAGGAUCAUGGAUUACAGUCUUUUGGUGGGCGUUCACUUCAAAGAUCGAUGCAAAGAUAUCAGCAAUGCUGACAAUGGGACACCUACUACUGCCACCGACGACGAUGAACAGAAAAGAAAAGCACCAGAUAAACUAGGGAUUUGCAUGCACUCGAGGGUGGAGAACAUAGUGAGAAAUCCUGAAAGUGAAUCCCAGCUCAUUGGUGAGCCCACAGGCGAAUUCCAGGAUGUGAUCUUGUUCUUCGGGAUCAUUGACAUCCUGCAGGACUAUGAUAUCAGCAAGAAGCUCGAGCAUGCCUACAAAUCCAUGCAGUAUGAUCCCAACUCCAUAUCGGCGGUCGACCCGAAGCAGUACUGCAAGCGGUUCCGGGACUUCAUUUUCAGGGCUUUCGCAGAGGAUGUACAGUAG